AGGCCAUGCGAGCUGCCACCAUUGACCAGUGACUAAUCACAGUUGACCUACUGAGCUAUUUUAUAACCAGGUGUAUGACAGACGCGCGGACCUCCAAAUUAUCGGCGUCAAAAGAAAUGAGAAGGGAAUUUAAAACGGACUUCCAUCUCGUAUCUUAGUGAUUUCUGGGUUCUCGCGAGGUAUGGAUCCGUUGAAGGACGUGGUGGGCCGGCAUGGGACGGGGGUCGAGAUGACCAUGUCCCUCAGCGGUCCGCCGGGCUUCUCACACCACACCACCGUCACCUCGGACAGCUUGCACCAUUACAUGAGCCGACAGGGGAAGCUGAUACCUACAGAUGACCCACGGGCUCCAAGAGCGGUGCCGAUCGACCCCCGGGGUCACAAGGCGAUGGGGUUGUCCAGCCAUGACCUUCGUAUGACCGGUCAUGACCCACAGCUACAGCCGCGCGAUGUGAAAAGCAUGGAAGGAAACCGGGUCGGUCAUAAUCCGAGAGGUAUGGAACCGAUGCCUUCAAAAGAUGCACAGAGAAUGAUGCCGGAACUCCAUCACCACCAGAUGGCGCAGCAGCAUGCCAUACAACGGGCAGAUUCCAGGAACUACCCCGUGAUGGGACAGGAGAAACGUGGAAUGAUCCCCGACGCCCGGACCUCCAGAGAAACUCUUCUCCUCGCUGAAGCCCGAGCCAGCCAGAUGCCUUUACCGUCGCCUGGUAGAUCUUCACGCCCGCAUCAACAAUCCCUGAACGAUCCUCUCCGUGCUGUAUACGAUGGAAUAGAAGCCGGGAUGGCGACGUACGCCGCGCAGCUACCCCCGGGAGCGGCUGGACACCCACCUCACGGUAACCAAACCAAAUCUAUCGGAUCCCAGAAUAUGCCAGGCCCACCCAUGGUCCAUACGUACCCACCGCAGAAGCCGAGACCUUCAGAAAACUUACUUCCUUCGGGGCCCAACAUCCAUCCUACCCAGGAUCAUUCGAAUUAUUUACCCGGAAAACAGUCUAGAGUCUAUCAAGGCGAAUACUCUAAAAUACCACCCGAACAUUAUAUUUCAGAAAUGGGAAAGCCUUCUUCUGUUCACGAUAUAAAACAGGGGAUGGUUCUUCACCAGAGUGAGCCUAUAUCUCCACAGCAUAGGGAUAUGAUGAGAGAUCUAGGGUCAGAUAUACGGGACCCACGUUAUAGUUCGUCUUUAUCUAGAUCUGUACAGAAACACGGUAUGGAGAUGUCUAGUCAACAUAUGAAGCAGAUUGCGAUCGAUGCUUCACUUUCAGAUGGGCGACGACACGAGGAGCAUUUGAGAAAGUCUGCUUCAUUUACUGGGGGAAGCUCUGCAGUUCCUCAACAACUCUACAACAAAACUCAAAGCCACGAGUCUUUGGCGGGUCUGACCAAAGUUAUGUCGUACCCUUUAAGCGCAGAUAUGACCCCUAGGAGUGGGCAGGCCCCGUCUUCUAUGGUCACGCAUGCGCAACAACCCCCGGUUUUACAUACAUCCGCUUACCCCCCACAGCCGCAGUCUAUACCCGAGAGGGGCGGGGCGUUCGGCCACGAGCAUCACACCCCCGGGCAGAUGCAGAAGAACACCGUCAUCAGACAGAACAUCCCUGGGGAGGAGGUCGCCUGGAGAGAAGGAGGGUACGCUCAGUCUGCGCCAAAACAACCCCGACCGGCGUACCACACGGAGGACAUUACAACCCCAAAACCUCUACCGUCACUUGUGAGUGACCACGAGCCCAACCACCUCUCCCUACGUGAUGUUGGCCCUCCCAGACUUCAAGGCUCCAUCAGCACUGGUCAGCCCAGGAUCAUGUACGACACAGCUAUCAAACCCAGCUCCUACCAAGACCAACGCGCGCAGGCGACAUCCGAUCGUUAUCAAGUCUCUCCCAGAGAAUACGGUACCUCCAGGCCGUCAUCAAUUGGCCGGACGCCUCAAAUUCAGACAUCCGUGUCUGUUAUUCCUCACGAUGAUCGUCAGGUACACGGGCAGACGGAGAAAACAGCGGGGCAGUCAGCUUUAGACUUAACAAAACUACCCCAAGGAACUUCCAAACCUGGUGACAGCCCCUUAGAUCUUACUGUAAAAACUAAGAAAAGACACAAUGAAGACGAGAUUCAGGAAUUCACAGCAAAAAGACAAAAAACUGAAACCAGCUCUCCUCGUUCGGUUGGUCCUCAAAAAGUUAAUGUUAAUGCUUUGGAUAAUAUCCACAAUCCGAUAUGGAUAUCAUCACCUUCUCCGAGAGGACCGGAAAGCUACGAGCACCGGCCUCUGCCGUCUCCUUCCUAUACUCUGCAUGCGUCGUCCUCAGCCAUGAACCGACACAUCAAGUACACGUACGGUCCUGACAGUCAUGCUGACCAUCGCGGGGUAGCCGACGGUCGACUCAGCGCUGAAACAAGGAUCAGCGGAGACGGUCGCACGAGUGUCGAAAGUCGAUCCAGCGCGGAUGGUCGUCCGAUUUCCAGUCCUCAUCUUCACGGGAAGUUUAACAUGGGCGGCUCCCAGGUCAAGAUGGUCAGCUCGUCCAUUGUUCCAGAGAUGGUCAAGCACGCAGGCGGGAACAACCCCCAGAUGGUUCCGCUGACCACCCAGCUUCAGAAGGUUCGAGAAGAACAAGCCUACCAGAUGAAGCUUCAGCAGCGAAUGGGGACGGAGACCCCAUCAAACACGCACGUUGAUUCGAAGCGCAUGUACAAGGAUACAAUCAGCCCACGGAGUCUGGAGAACACCAAUGAGGUCGUGGUUGUUCGUCACCCGCAACAAAACUACGACAUCCCACCCUCCUCCCGCGACAUACCAUCACAAUCCCAACAGCAGCAAGCUUUCACACAUUCGUAUAUGAAGCAGCAGCAACAGCAUCUUCAGCAGCGGAUGGAAUCCCACCCGCUCCAUCAGCAUCAUCAGAAGCUCAGCGAUCAACAAGAAAGUAUAGAGCUGGGCUUGAAAGACUCCAGCGAUCCUUUACAAGCUUCACGAGCAUCCACAAUGGGACAGCUCAGAUCCUUCAGCGGUCAGGCGGCUUUGCUGCAGCAUCACCAACAACAGAUGUAUCUACAGCAGCGGCAGAAAGAUCAGCAAUCCCAGCUGUCCCCGUUCUCCCACCCCCAGCAAAGUCAGUACACAAAGGACCAGCUUCACCAGCAGCACUCACAGCAAGCAUUUUCCAAACAGCAAGCUCAGCUUUAUUCACAACAGCAUUACCACGGGGCCGAGUACAGCAGCAAGCACGAGGAAAUGGAUCGGAUGUACCAGAAGCAACAACAACAGCAGCAGAGAAAACGCACGGAAGCGGAGUCGUACAAACAACCAGCCGGUGCUGCCCACAACACUCUAGCGUCCAGCCAGAAGUGGAACGCCCAGCAAAGACUCUCCAUACGCCCGGGGUUCCCUCAGACGCAGCCCUUUCAGGCCGCACCUGGAGACUACCAGCCGCCUAAGCUAGUCCCAGGGUACGCGAAAAAUUCUCAAAACAUGAUCAUGGCCAGGGAGAAUGACGUCAUGAAAUAUCCAUACGCGAGAUCGGAACGCGGUGCGAAAUCCAACGAUUUCAUGAAGUCUUCCCUCCCGCAGACGGCUUCUCAUCUUCCUGCAGGCGGCGUCCGGGAAGAAAGCAGACGUGCGCUAUCUCGACGCGGUAGCUGCCCCGGGGCGUCGAAUCAACAAAACCCCGAAUACACAAAACUCGCUGAAACGGCGCGGAAGGAAAGUAGUUCCAGCAUGCCGGAUAGAACGUCGAAGGUGGAUGAUUCACGCGGGUCUAGUCAUAAAAAAGUUGAUUCUUCCAAUGCCAAGUCCGAACGAGUAAACAACGGUAAUGCGGUAGACAAAAACAUCGACGUCAAACUGGAUGAUAACUCGUCCGACGUCAUUAUUUUAUCCCCUCAACUUCCGGCUCCACCGAAAUCCGCCGAGGAAACUUCCGCCAAAGACUCUGUGAUCAACCAAGCGUCCGCCAAAUUCGCGCUCCCACUUUCAGUGACCAUCCCUCAGUCAAUUAGUCCAAUGACCGCACCGCUCUCCCCUUCGGCGCUGUCCUCGUCUUCUUCAAAGACUUCAAUUCCCCAUAAAGCCUGGUCAAAGAAACAUAUGAUCCUCAAUGCUUUCAACCAAGAUGAGUCUCUAAAAAGGAUCAUCAGUUCAACUAGCAGUAAACACGAAGCCGGGGGCAUCUCCUCUGAGUGUAAAAGAAAAAUUAUAGCCAGCAGUACUUGCAGUCCGAUUCCUACUUCCCCAAAAAUGCCAAUCCUCAGUCCCCAGGAAGACGAGGGGGAAGUAACAAAUGAAGAUCAAGGGGUGAGAACUCAACAAAAUAACGACGACCCCCCAACGUUAGCCCCGAUAAAAAAAGGCCAGGGAAAGCCGUCGCUGAAUCGGACUUUAUCUCAAACAAGCUCCUCAAGUUCCUCGCUCCCUACAAAUAACGGCACCCCCGCUGCAGACGCCCCCGUCUUGAAAGAAGCCUACAAAAACAACAACAACAGCCAUGACGUUGCCAACAACAACAGCAACUUCUGCAACAGCAGCGGGGCCGGUUCCCUGGCAAAAGAUGUUCCCAACUCCAAAGAAGAAAUGUCGGGAAACGCCAUCGUUGUGAGGCGAUGUAGCCUCGGCGCUGCUCUAUCUCCAGAGCAGCAACAGCAGUCUCUCCAGCCGAUGCUGGAAGACCCUUCCAAGGCGUCCACGGGGAACUUGUCUUUUCAGAGAUCCACCUCCGAGGUCAUCAGAAGAAACUCCCUAGCCUGCAACUGGGGGCACACAAAAAACAUCCCCAUAGCUAACGUGGCGCCGUUCGUCCACUCGCGCGUUGAGGAUGAGAAGAAGCAGCAGAAGGUCGAGGAGCAGAUCAUCGCUCUCCAUCAAGGCGCCACGGGAUCUGCGCAAAGCAUCACAGGACAACCUCUGGAUUUACAACUUGAUCCAAAAGAAGGGGGUCCACUUAUUAAACCAGAAGAUUUAGACAUCAAAGCAGGCACGGAUUCUCAGAUUAAAUCCGCUUCAGAUAUCCUUGCCUCUUCCAGCAAAAAAGACUUCACCGCUAAGAAGAAGAAAGUCGCGAAAUUACGGGUAUCGAGUCCAACCAAAAUGAAAGAAUUCGAGCUGCUUUCUGCGAGUAUCGAUUACACUGUACUAAAAUCGUCUUCGGGUAUUGAUGAUAUCAAAGCGUUAGGUAAGCUAAAUCACUCAAGUGUGAAGAAAUCGUUAGAAAAUCGAAUCAAAUACAAACACAAGAUUGUGCGAGAGAAGAAUACGAUUGUAAAACCUAAAAAAGUCGUGAAGAAAAGGAUUCAGUACGUGUUUGAUGAUGACGAAAAUGAGGAGGAGAAUCAUUUGUUUAUAGAGGACGAUGACGAUGAAGAUUAUGAGUAUAACGGAGGGUCCAAGACAAACAAGGAAACGGCCAAGGCAGACGCCGAGGCUAAAGUGAGGGACAGGGAGGAGAGGGCAUUACGGCGAGAACAGCUGCGCGACCAAUCAGAAGAGAGCAACGCCCGACAGCCCGUAUCAUCAGGAAACAGCCAAUCGUCUUCAAAGAACCGCGAUAAAAAUAGCUCCGAAACCCUUAAUAAAACCCGGAGCAAAGGAUCCAGUAAAGGCAAACGAAAUUCCGCCACAGCCAAAGGGAAUUCCCGGAUCUCUCGCCGGAGACUUUCCAGCACAAACCAGAGGGCCCAGGAGCUGAAACACAAUGCUCUAGUCCAGAGGCGUAACACAGGCAAACGCAAGAUACGCCGCUACAACCGUAACGCCGCCUAUGAACAGGAGCUCCAUCGAGAGGCCAACAGACGGGCAGUGGUCAGGGCGAAACGACAGGCAAGCAGCAAGGCCAGGGAACGACUCUCACAACAGCGAGAUAACUCUCUAGACCAAGACAACGAUGACUCCGUUCUCGGCGAGUCGUGGGUCCCACCGGAAACCAAGACCAGCACCGGAAGUGCGAAAAAGAACCACCAGAACGCCACCGGCAAAACUGGCGGGAACAAGGGAACAGGGCGGCUCGUCUCCGGGAAGGGGAACUCUUGUUCCAAGAUCAGCGGGGCGUCCACGUCAGGGGCGCAUCACAAGGAGGAUUACGAGUCGGAUGUGGAGAACGUCCCGGAAGAUCUGGUGGCGGAAAUGGUUUCCGACGACGCGACGCCAUCUUCAAAGAGGAAGAAAGUUCGCGGGAAGAUGAAGGCUAAAGCGGGCGGGGAGGAUGAGGAGGGGCAAGAUGGACUGGAGGACGAGGGUGAGUUCGAGAACGAGCAGUGUGACGUCAUCAGCAGCAUCCCCGUGGAGAACGUGCCGGUGCCGGCUGACGUCAAGAAGUUGACGGUCAACAAGAACUCUGGGGAGACGCUACUCCACAGGGCGGCCCGCAUGGGUCAUGAGGAAAUAACUCUUUACUGCCUGAAGACCAAAACUGUCCAUGUCAAUGCCAGAGACAAUGCAGGCUACACCCCCCUCCAUGAGAGCUGUGUCAGGGGCAGCGUGGCAGUGGCCAGGCAUCUCAUUUAUUACGGGGCAGAUGUCAACUGUUGUUCUCAGGAUGGGAUACGGCCAAUCCAUGAUGCCAUAGAGAAUGACCACCUGGAGGUUGUGAGGCUGUUGCUGGUCCAUGGGGCUGACCCCCUGAUAGCGACCUAUGCUGGGAGGACGCCAGUUAGGAUAGCCAAGUCCUUGCCCAUGUUGCAGACCUUGCAAGGUUACAUUGGGGACCUGAAUGGAUGGGUGGAGGAGGAAGAAGAGGAGGACAGUGAUCAGGUCCAGCUGGAAGAAAUACCUUGGAGAUUCACAACAACAAUAACCUUAAAGAAUAUACAAACAGAGAGUUAUAGCCCUUUUGUUGAUUUACCUGCCGACCCCGCUGAUGAUUCCACUGAUGUUUUUGAUGAUGGACCAACUUCAGCAAUCAAUGUAUUUAAUUUAGCUUUAGACGGGGAAGAUAGAACACCCCAGCCAUUCUGUCUUCUGGAUGAAGUCUUGUUCCGCCUUUGUAUGGCCAAAGAAAACCUGACUGCCCUGUUUCAGUGGAAGCCGACGUCGAUUACCCUGUCAUGCGAGCGUGUGCGUGAGGUGGCUUCCUGCUGCUGCAGCAAUGUUAGUAUCCGUCUUCCACAAUCCGGAAAAGUAACCCUUCUUCCUUUGUCAUCGCUAAGAGAAAUAGAGACGGCUCUCAAGAUUCAAAUGGUGAUGAAAGUGAAGAAGGAGGAGGGGUCCCCACCAGCGGAGUGUUCUAAAAACGACAGUCUAAUGUCCAGGAUACCUAUACUAACUAGGCUUGAGCAGCCGUCAUUUUUAGAAGAAGGACGAGACAUUUAUCAGAAGGAGAAAUCAGGAUCGAAAAACGUAACACCAUCGGCGCCGAUAAAACAGAAGACGAAGCUGGGAGCAUCAAGUUCUUUACCCAUGUACCCAUCCACGGCACUCUUCACCUCAUCCUCACCACUGCUGAACCAAAACUCAGGAACGCCCAAGACCCAGAAAUCUCAGUCCUUGACCCUAUCCCAGCCGUGGUCGUCCGCCGUGUUGGAGGCACACUCCAACAAGAAAAGCCAGCACCAGUAUCCUUCUCACCCACACGCUAGCCAGCCGGCGGGGAAAUCACAGCCACACUCCGCGUCAUCCCGUGGAGACAAUGUCCUACCCUUCAAAGGAAACAUGGCAUCCAGGGAAAACCGCACCCAAUCGAGCGGGAGUAGCGUUUCCAGAAAAUCAAAGAAAGAAGACAGCGAGAGUGCUUGGCUAAAUGCUCCCAUGUUCUCUGAUGACAGUUCCAGCAGUCCUUUUCACACGAGCAUUGACUGCUUUGAUUCGGAUAACUCUAUGUGAUGAUAUAAUCAAAUCACUGUGUUAAGCAGUGCCGUGUAGGAAUAAAUGAUUUCUUUCAUCAUGUGGUAUUUUAGUGGAGUGCAAUUUUUUUCAACCGGGCAUUUUGCUAUCAUUGAUAAACAGAUUGGUUUGAGGCUGUCAACCUCUAACUUAAGUCAACUCUUCUUUUGAAAGUUAAAUCAAAUCAAAUGAAGAAAUUUUUAAUAUGUAAUCAAUACAAACUAUGUGUAUAUAUAUGCUCUUUCAUUUAAUUUGGAGUCGUUUAUUGUGCUUUUAGUAGCUUGGUGAGUUUUUCAUGAAAUGGUUGGUACUACGUUAGUAAAGUGAUUGUAAAACAAUAUCUGCAUUUUGUGACCAGUUAUGCAUGUGCCAUAUUGUUAUUAAGAUUAGUUUUUUUUUUUACAAACGUGUUGCUGCCCAUGUUGAUGAAAAGUGAGAGUAAGGGAGAUAACCAGCUUUUUUAAAAAAAAGUCCAUAUUUUUUGUUGUUCAUUCAAAGAAAGUACCAAUUGUAUCAAAGCAUUAUGUUUUGAGUCUGCUAAUAUUUAUGACAGAAAAAUAUUGUACAUGAAAGCUUUCUAGUCAAGAAAUGAACAUUGAAACAAUUUUGUAUUCUCUGCAAGUUAAUGAAUUGUGAUUCUCAAAAGUUGAGUAUUUUAUUACAGUAUGCUCUUACACAAUUCUCACAAUUUCCUAUCUUAUGUGUUGUCUUUUUUUUUUAAAUCUUUAUUUUGUUUGUUUGCUUUUAUCCACUGCUGGGUUACUUUUUUUCAUAUAUGCUAUACUUAUCAAAUCAUCUGAUAAAGAUAAGUUUCCUUAUAACAAGUAAUAAACUGAAAUUUGUAUUCAGUAAAUUAAAUGUUAGUAAAAAAUAAUUUUAAGGACUAAUUGAAUUUUAAAUAACAAUAGGCCCUAUUUUUUUAAAAAUAAUAUACUUUUUUCUCUCACCCUAAUUGUAUCUCACUUCAUUAAAUAAAAACAAGUAACAUUUAUUAUUGAUAGUAUAUAUUAGGUUAAAACUAUGGUCUAGGUUACCUUGUCAUUGCAUAUAAAAACAAUUUUUUAAAGCAUUGUUGUGUUACCUCUAACUGUCUGAAUAAAAUUUAAGUGUACCAUCUCAAUCAUCUAGCUAGCAGUCAGCCCUGGUACUCUACAUGUUGUAGCCAUAAGCAACUUGUGAAUACAAUUAUUUGUUACUGUUAAAUUCCAUUUUUUUUUUUCAAAAUCUUAUAAAUUUCAUGUUGUCAAAGAUUUUUCUCUUUUAGAAUAUUGAUAAUUCAACAGUUUUGAAGUGGAUAGAAUAUUAGCUGUUUGUUUUGUUUUGAGGUAAAUGACUUGCCUCAUACUUUUGAUAUUUCCCGGUUUUUCUGUCACGGUGAAUACAUGUUUUAAAAGAUAUAUUUCUGGAGAAAAAUUAUUUAGUUUCAAACAUUUUUUUGUUCACACUUUUUAGUAGUUUCUAUCAUGGUGAAUACAUGUUUUAAAAGAUAUAUUUCUGGAGAAAAAUUAUUUAGUUUCAAACAUUUUUUUGUUCACACUUUUUGAGUAGUUGCUCCUAUUAUCCAGUGGAAAUUUUUUUCAAACAUCAUUAAUGUUGUUAACAAUGUGUGCUAGACUAUAAGUGAUACAAAUUACUACUAAAACUAAAGGCGGGUACAUGUGAUGUUGACAAAGAGAGAUUAUUUUAUGAAAAAACAAUUUUCACUUAAACUGUGAUUGUCUGCAUUUUUUUUUCUCUCUCUCUCUUUCUCUUGUUCAUUAUUAUUUUUUUCUUUAUCUAAUGCUCCCUUUUAAAUUUUAAAAACAAAUUUCCAUAAAAACAUGUUCAUUUAAUCUCACAUUAAAAACUGUCAGCAGUUAUUCAACUCAGCAAACCUAACAUUUAAUUAUUAAAAAAAACAUAAUUUUAAACUUAUUAGAGAACAAUUGUUUUUUUUUAAAUCCAAACUCAAAAUAUUUUUUUCUAAAAUUUAGAUAAAAUAUCUUUUUUUAAUGUAAAAAAGGUUUAGAGUUUCUCUUUUCGUGCUUCAUUUUAAUAUAUUUUCUCUAUUUUGAUCAGAUUUUUUUUUUAUAGCAAGGCACAUUUAUUAAUAUAGAAAGAUGAUCAUUUAGACUUAAAGGUCACAUUGGAAUAUUUGAUGUAAUCAGAAUGAUUGUUAUUACAUCAUUUUUGUUUUCUAUCAAAGAAAUAUUAUAUUGAUUAAAUUUAAUAGACGCAUAUAAGUUUUCUAAGAUCGUAGAUAACAAUAUUUUUAUUUCAAUGCAGAUUUUUUAAAUUAAAAAUGGAUCUCUAAAUGUUUUAAUAAAAUAAUUCUUAACAAAAAUUAGAUAGUUAACGUUAGGUGAAAAAAGCCAACAACAGUAGUUUUAUAUAAACAGAUUCAAUAGGUUUGGCCAGUGCUUUUAAUCUUAAAUAGGAAAGAGUGUAAUCUUUACAACUUGUGAUUCACUUUGUUAAAUAAAAUGUGAUUUAUAUUACUGUGGUAAUACAUCUUCGUUGUAACAAGAACAGAAGAAAAUAUUCCUAAUGAUUUAUUUAGAGUGAAUUAUCAUGUUAUUGACUAGAAGUUCCUUUUAUUUCAUGUGAAACAAAAAACAUGAACAAAUCUUUUUUACUUUUAAUAUAAUAUUAAAAGCACCUAAAGAAUUGCUAGUAUUGUUACUCCGGAGAUUAACUCAAAUUAAUGACAAUUUUUUAAACUGAGAAUUACAUAAGCAUUCUUAUUUAACACAUUCUCAUAUCUCUAGAAUUAUCAGCCUCUAAUCUCAUUUUCACACAUAUUUUUCACAUAUAUAUAUAUAUAUAUAUUCCAAAGAUAAUUCAUUAUUACACUUUACCUUUCUAAUUUAAAUAUUUUUUUUAUAAAUUUAAUUAAUUGACAUUAUCCACUUCUAUUUUUAGCUGCCAUAUCAAAAACUCAUCCUUUGUAUAUUUCUACAAAGCAAAUCAAGUUCACUUUUUUAAACUUUGAUAUUUCAGUGUGAGAUUCAUAAUAAGGUUGUAGAGUUUUAUAAACUUGAUACCACUUGAAUAGUAAAGAUUUAACCAAACUUCCUAACAAUAGUUAUCAACCUGGUACUACUAAAGUGGUUAAUUGCAUAACACUUGCUAUCAACUUAACAGUUCAAGUAUGGUUUGUUUGUCUCUGUUAUGGGAUAACAUUUUACUUUUUUUUGUAAUGGAGCUCUAAAAUAAUGGCUUUGUUUGACCAAGCAUAGUGAUGGAUGAUAGCAUUAAAAAAAAAACUUAAACCCUUUUUUUUCCCCAAAAAUAUUGUAUGAUAUUGUAUAAAGACUGUUGAUAAUUUCAAGCUCAAAACUUCACCAUGCGACUCUGUUUUCAUGCUUUGUUUUGUUUUUAAAUAAAUGUAACAGAAUAUAGACAAGUAUGAUGGGUUUUUGUACAUUCGUGUUCUAGUGGCAAGGGCUACCAGUUUCACUGGAAUUAUUGUGAAGCUAUGUGGAAAUUUCUGUUGUAAGAUCCUGUUUUAAAUCUGUUGUUUGUUCCUUGGAUGUUGUCUUUUUUUUUAAUCCUUAUUUUUGCGAACAAUUGUUUAGUAGAAUUAUUUCAUCAUAAGCUUCUCUUUAAAUUUUUAAUUGUAGCAAAUACAUCAUAGCAUUAUUUUUAAAUGACUGAUAAAGAUACGCGUUGUUUUUUUUAUACUGAUGGCAACCAAAGUGGGUUUUUUUUGUGUGUUCAUUUAAAAGAAAAACAGUAUCAAAUUUAUUUUUCUUAAUGUCAUUUGUUUUUAAUGAAGCCUUGUUUGUGUGAUUAAUUAAAAAGGUUUAGUAAUGUUAGCAAAAUUUUCUCUAAAAUCAAAUUGAAUAAAGCUACUAAAAUAUGAAAUAGCACCAAACUUCUUUUAAGUUAAAAAAAAACAUCUGGUACUUAAUUAAUAAAAUAUAUUUAAAAUAUAUUGUAAAAAACUUAGUUGAAGACAGAUAUUAAUUUUUUGUUGUUGAAAGGUUGAAUAUUUCAGUGUUUUUAUAUUCCUAUAAUAUAUAACAUAUAUAUGUAUAAUACCUGAUUUAUUGUAAUGUUAGGAUAUGUGAAGGAAUCAAUAGUCAUUUCUCAAGUUCACUAGUUCAAUGAAGUUAAUGUCAAUAGACACGUCAAGUCAUUUAUGGUGUGUAUUAAAAUAACUUUUUUUUUGUGAUAACAUGUCAAAUUUUUUUUUUCAUUUAUAUUUCAUUGCAUUUUGAUGUUAGGUGACAUUGAAUUCUCUUUUUUUUUAGUUCAUGUAUUGAAUUGGAGAUAUAGGUGUUAAAACUUCAUUAUGCUUUGAGUGAUAUUUGUAUAGAAAUAAAUAUGUCCAGUCAAAUGACCUCUUGGGAGCUUCAAUUGAAAAAAUGUUUUACACUCACUACCAAAUGUGUACAUUGUAAAAAAGGAUUUAAAUGAAUGAUACAGGCUGUUUUAGUAUAGCAAUGCAGUGCUGUGGAUUUUCACUCUAAUUUAGACAAGAGAAUUUUCCUUCCUGCUUUUUAAAAUAACCCAUGAUAGUUUUAAUUGUUUAAUUUUCUGUUCAAAAAAAAUUUCUGUAAUUUCCGGAUAUUAAUUUAUAUAUAAUUUUCAGUGAUUUGUCAGUUAUUUCAAGAAGAUUUCAUGAACACUAGGCAUUGUUGAAUCAUGUAAAAAAAAAUUGCUUAAUUUGUUUGUAGUAGCUCGCUUGUUGAGUAGAAGCUGUUCCAAAUUAUCUGUAUGCAUUCUGUCUUGCAUAGGGUUUCAUUGUGGGACUUGAGAAUAAGAAAAAAAUUUUCUCUGUUCAAAUUUCUUUCAUUAAAACUAGUAAAUAUAAUUCUAAAAGUAAAUUUACGUAGAAAUAUAGUUAAUACUUUAUAUCUUGAAGUCUAAAUUGUCAGAAUAAGAAUUCUUGUAAAUGAAUCCAAUAUGUUCUUAACAACCCAAUGAACUUAAUCCUUUUAAGUGCAGUUUUUAGUAUUGAUAAAAAGGAGUAAUUUCUUCUGUUGAUUAACUAAAUAAGUUACAAAAAUGUGCUGUCAUAUCAAGAAUGUAUAAUACUCUGACAUGGAAGAAGACUUUUUUUUACACAAAAAUUGUAUCUCUGCAACAUAUACAAAACAUUCUGGUCCAUCAUUUUGUUUCAGUACUUUGUGUUGUAGAUCUGAUUUUUUUAACCUUAGAAAUUCAUUCUUUAAAAAAUGGAAUAUCACUCGGAAUUACAAAAGCAGUUCUAAAAUUCGAUUCUUCAUGACCCACCCUGUACUCCCUGCACUGCUUAUACCUGUCAGUCCCAGUGUUUGUCAUUGUAUGUGGAUUAAAAAGCUCUCAAAUAGUGAA